AUGGGUGUUACUACUUUUGGUGGAGUCUUAAUAGUUCCUACUGAGUUGACACUCUCAGGUGAUCAUCGUGUAGAUUGGAUAACAAUCGGAUCUCAUACAAACCUUGCCAAUGGAUGUUCAAUCUUGCCUGGUAGUUGCCUUGCAUCCGAGACAAUGAUUGGCAAUUUAACACGUAUCUCACGAGAGACAAAAAGUAAAUAUGGAGAAGUUUUUAUGGGUAUUCCAGCUCGUACAAUGCCAUUUCAAAUGCCUCCCAGGCCAGAAAUACAAGAUCAGAUUGAAACCCUACCAUUUUGGCAUACAUGUUCGUCUCAUUAUGUCAGUAAAUGUCUUUUAUUAAGCAUUUAUUCGUUUGGUGGUCUUGUUGGUGGAUCAAUCAUUCAUGCAAUGCUUGUCUAUGGCCUCUAUCGAUGUCGUUCAUAUAUACGCCACCAAAUUCUACAACAAAUAAUAGAAAGACUACGCCAAGAUCAUGAACAAUUUAUUUGUCCAUUUCUUGGUAAUACACAAUGGCUCAUUCGACUAUUUCGAGUAGGUGGUGCUCAUAUUGGUAAGAAUAGUAUAGUGGCUGAUAUAUCCUGUCUUACUGAUUUUUAUUUAAUCACUAUUGGAGAUGAUACUCGACUUAAUGUGCGUAGUCAGAUACUGUGUCACAGUUUCGAACAACGUAUUUUGAAACAAGCUCCUGUAUCAAUCGGUAAUUCAUGUAUACUGAUGACCAGCUCAAUUGUAAUGGCAGGCUGCAAACUAAUGGGUAACAAUCGUCUUUAUCCCUUGACAUUAAUAAUGAAAAAUGAUCAAUUACCACUGAAUACUCACUGGAAAGGGCUUCCUGCACAAUCUUGCACAAUAAAAGCAAGAUUAUCUCGAUUAACAAUAGCUCAUAACGAUCCAGUAAAAUAUCAGCAAGGAUACGAGACCAUUAACAAAUUGUUUCUCUGGUACGAACGCAUUGCAAGCGUCUAUACGCGUGUAAACGAAUCACAAUUUAUGAAUUAUGGCUAUGCAGAUAUGGAUGAAUAUAUUGAUGAUCAUACUGGCUAUUAUUCAAGAAAGCUUUAUGAACAGGUUCUUGCAAAUGUAACAUUAACAGAUAAGAAUGUCCUUGAAAUCAAUUGUGAUAGAGGUGCUGGUGCUGCAUGGUGUGUUCAUACUCAUGCACCUCACUCUUACAUUGGAAUAGAUCCUUCUCAAGAUGUCAUUAACUUAUGUCAACGACUUUAUGCGACAAUUUCUCGACUUUCAUUCGUAGUGGCUAAUGCAGCAAAACAUUUACCGUUUGAAAAUGAGUCAAUUGAUAUUAUUUUUUGUAUUCAAGCAACACAUGCUUUCGACGAACCAGUAGCAAUCACACAGUUUGCCAAUGAAGUCACUCGUGUACUUCGUCCAAAUGGAUAUCUUCUAUGGUCAAGUGAUGAAUUAAUUAUUGAAGAAAAGAUUAAUAUUACAAAAAAUGUUCUUUAUGAACUUGACAUUCAAAGUAAAUCUCGUACUGAUUUCAUUCAACGUUGUAUUCAAUCUGAAAAACAAGAAUAUUUUCGUCUGUUUGCUGGAUUACCUGGUAUUCAAAUUUGUGAAGAUAUGAGCCAAGGACGUUUAGAAUAUUGGCGAGUUGUAUUUCGAAAGAAGACAAUAACAACAGAUAUGUCUGUCAUCUGA